AUUGGAAAGAACUUCUGUGUAUCUUCGGUUUCCCAUAGUGGACUUGUUUAUAUUUAUACUUUUUAUUCUAUGUAUUUAUGUUUGGAGGGUGUUGGUAAGGAAUUAGAAUGAAUGUUUAUUCUUCGAUAAAAAUGCGAUUGCCUGACUAUAUUAGUAGUUUUAUAUAAUAAAGUGUGUUAUUUUAUGUACGCUACAUUAUUUCCGUCAUGGGCAAUCCUUUUAGUAAAUUUGUUCAUUUAUACCAUCCAAUUGUAAAUAACAUUCAUUCGGGUAUUAAAACGUUCAAUUUGGCUAUCGGUAGAAAAAGAAAACGCCGAGAAGAUAGUGAUAGUGAUUUGUCCGACAGCGAAGUGAUAGAAAUACCCUCAACAAAAAAAUUCAAGCUGGAUGGUACUCUUAAUUACGUGUACAAAACACUAUACCUUGAAGGAAAGGAUAGUGACAUAUUAGUUAUUGCUUUGGAUAAGCUUUGGAAGCUGCAUAAGGUUUACCUAUGUCAGAGCCCGUACUUCGAGAGCAUGUUUAGUGGGUCAUGGAGGGAGUCUAACGACAGGGUCGUGCGGAUAGAGAUAUGUGAUCCAAAUAUAACUCAGAACUCGCUCCACGUGGUGUUCGGCUGCCUGUAUCUGCACGAGAUGACCUUCGAGGCCGUGUCACCCAUUGAGGUGUUGGCGACGGCCUCUCACUUCCAGUUGGAGUACCUGAUCGAUCAGUGUGCCAGUUACAUGAUUGAAACAAUAUCCAUCAAGACGGUCGUGGAUUACUACGAGGCGUCGCUGAAGUACGGCGUGGCGGUCGUGAGAGACAAGUGCUUCAACUGGAUGCUGAACAACCUGACUCGUUUCUGCAGCAAGAGCACCCAUGCUGUCCCCGCCCUGCACGCACUGCGAUCAAUAAGUGUAGACCUGAUGGAGCAGCUGGUCGACAAUUCGAAGUUUUUGUUCACCGGGACGGAAUCCAUGAUCGUCCAAUUGCUGGUGACGUGGGUGGCCGUGCAGCUGAAUCCGGACUGGACCGGGAGUCUGCAAACAGUAGACCAGAAGAUGAUUCCUCGAGACGAAAGUGGAGAAGCGUUCCUGCUGACGGACACGGGACAGCAGUACGCCCCGGCUUUCAAGGCACUGAGGCUGAAACACCUGACAAGGUUAAGUUUUUUCUACAAGAAUCUCCUGAGUGACAACAUCAUUCCCACUUCCUGGCUGGAGCCUCACAUCAUCGAGAACUGGAGUAAACUGCUUAGUGUUUACGGUGGCUACGAGACAGGGCCUUCCCCAAACUCUGUACCUGAGGAAGUAUUUGAGAGAGAAAGCAUGCGUUUCGGCCGUUCCCUUCCAGAUGCCACUAACCAGUACGUUUGGAAGUGGUUUCCUUUUAGCUUCGGUAUAGGUGUGUACUGGGACUGGUUGCUGGGCAAACUGACUGUCAGCCGGAUGUCUCACAACGCAACCCAAAGCAACAGAAUUGUGAACAUGGUGGAAAAAUGGAAGUUGAUGUUAAGGGUUUCGGUGUACUGCUCGAAUCCCAAGGGAGAGCUGGUGUUUGUUUCGACAUCUGGUAUACAGUCAGUGGUGCUCAACAUUGAUGCUAGUGAAGUGGAUCUAGGGCUAGGCGUGGACAAAAGAGUGUUCAAGACAAAAAAUAUUCCCAUAUAUGAGGUAAGCGAAAUCGAGGAAGCAAUUGAUGACAGUAUCCUGAAAAUAUGCAAGGAGGAGGAGGACUACGUCAGCAAGGGAUCCGGGUGGACCUUGUCUGUCGUGAAGUGACUCCAGCUCCGCUUCAACAAGCUUGUCCCUCUUCGAGUCUCCUCCUACAUCGCCCUGCCUGCCGCCAUCAAGAACCGUGAAGCGUGCAUAAACCCCAAGAACCUGGAAGACAACAUGUGCUUCAAGUGGGCUAUACUGGCGCGGUACGUGGAGGGUAGAGAUCCUCAACGUGUGGACCAUCGCUACCACGACCUGGAGGGAAAGUUUAAUUUUUCAGGACUUGAGUUCCCCACCCCCCUCCAUCAAAUCAAAGUAUUUGAACGGAAUAACAUAGAAGUGUCCGUCAACGUCUAGCAAUCAACGAGGACAACAAGAUCGCGCCAGUGCGUGUGGGGAAGGAGGAAAAACGUCAUCAUUUCGACCUCCUCAUGCAGUCAACCGAGAUUUCCAGAUUAAUGGAAAUAUUUUUAAUUCCGCCACCCCACCCCCCACAAUUUUUUAAAAUUAGAAUCGUUCGGAGAAUAACUUAGGUUAUUAUCCAUCCAUAAAAUUAAUAACUUAUUCUGAAGUCCAACAAAUACACAUAACCUAACAACCCCAUGUUUACUUGUAGAUUGUCAAAUAUUUAUUUUCAACUAAAAUUGUUCACAUUGUUUCUAGGCUUAAUAUUUUCACAGUGUGGCACCCAACAUCUUCUUCCAAAAGUUUUCUUCUUAACUUUUUCCAUCUCAAAUUUUUAAAUAACUCAAAGUAAUACCAAAUUGCAUUCGUUUCAAAUUCAAAUGAUAACAGUUUUAAAUUUUUAAACAAACACUGACACCAACACCUACAUUCAAAAUAUGAAAGUAAUAAUGUAUUUAUCAUGAAUUAUUUCAAACAAGUAAACUAAAGUAAAUUUUGAAAAUAAAAUCAGAUUCCUUCAUCAAAGUCAAAUUAUUCAACAUAAAAUUAUAAAAUUAGUUAGUUUAAAAUAGCUUUCUCACGUUAGCACAUUUUUUUUCCACAGUCUUCAAUAAGCCAUCGUAGGCCCUAUCUAGUGACUAUCCCCUGCGCGUCACAGUAAAUAAUAAUUUUGAGCAGUUUCGUUGCCUGUAAUAAACAAAACACAUAUUGUAUUCAAGCGGUACACUAAAAGAAAAUCGAAAUUUGGUCAAUCGAUUACGCUUUGAGAGCCAUCUGCCUAGAAACGUACAAGCUACCUAAUGUAGCGACGGGAGAGCUAUCUCUCGCUACUUCUCAAACUACUGCUGGCCGACCUGUUGUAUUUAACUUAAACAGAAAUAAAACUGCGUAUUAGUUGGCUUUGGUGAUAAUUUAUUUUUGGGGAUAAGUUAGCUAAACAGACAUAUGUUUUAAGAAAACUGCCAAAGCAUUUUGUAUUUUGUACACACGUUAUCUUAGAUGUAUAUUUACGGUUUUUAAUACCGCGCCCGGUCUUUGUGUACGGACUGCGAGACAUCACCAUUUUAUGUCGCACGAUAAACAUGACAAAAAGGAAACAUAAUUCGGGGAAACUUAUACCGUGUUGCGAAGUUAAUUAUGAAACCUAAUUUUAAAUAAUUAUUACAUACCUAUUCGUGCAAUAAUUAUGGUAAAGUUUAUUACAAAUCCUCGAAAUAAUUAAGUAAAACAAUUCAACAAUAACAAUAUCUGGGCAAAAACAUACAGUAUCAGCAAUUUUUUUCUUGUUUUGGUGGAUCCUGAAUACGAUCCGAUACAACGAAAUAUCAGCAAUAUCGGUACCUGCCGAUACGGAUCGGCACAGCUCUAGUACCUUUUAUACAGACUGAACCAUAGGUAGGGACAAGACUACAUGGUGAACUUGUGGAUUGUGCACACAUUUGAUAGUAAUAGACUUUAAAACUGUGGCACCCUAAGUCCAGUAUUACCAAGAUUAUAUAUGCAGCUAGAGUUUGGUUGAGAAAAAUGUUUUAGAUUUAUAAGUUUGAAUAUGUUAUUUGUUAUUUUGAAUUGAUGAAAUUAUGUAACAUGAAUUUGUACCAGGAUGUAUGACCAAAAUGGAUUGGGGAAAAAAAAAAAUAUAUUGUUUGAUCUAGCAUCUUACAUUAGUAACAUGUUAUUAUAACACAUAAAUAUAUUAAUAAUGGCACAUAUUUCAAACACACAAGAAUAUGCUGAUUAAUUUUUAUAUUUCUGAAUAGUUAUGUUCUAGACAUGCUUAUUACUAAUGAUUUUACUGUGUACGUGCAUCAGAUGUCAAUCAAAAUGAGACUAUAUUGGUGAAAUAAGUAUUAAGAAAUAUUUUAGUUUCAUAUUGGUUGAAUAAUACACUUUUUUAGUGAAUAAAGAAUAUAUAUAGGCCUAAUAAAUAUAUUUUUUUUAAAAAAUGAAACUGUCUUAUCAAUUAAACAAUAAAAUCUUGACUCUAACCAUAGGGACCUUCAAAAAGGUUUCUCUUCACUAAUCACCAGGUUGGGUUUUAAAAUUUUUUUUUGCUAUUAUUUCAAAUUUUAGCUAUUUAACUAGGUUUUUUUUUUGCAUGACAAGACAUAAUGAUAUCUUUCUGAGAUUUCAUAUAUCUUUACUCUCUGAUUUCAACUAACAGGCUCCAGUCAACAUAUUUACAAAUGCUACAUCCAUUGUCAUGUUGAGUUUAAAAAUUUAAUAUGGAAGCUUGUAUAUAAGCGAUGGUAAAAUAUUUCAGGGUCCAAGAUGGUGAAGCGUAUUUUUUUA